CUUCCUUACAUAGGUUAAGUCAAUUUUCCCAUAUUCUUCUUCCUCCCACUUCACAACUCUCUCUCUUUUAUUAUUCCUUCUCUUUUCUUCCACAAAUCUCCACAAAAAACUUUCCCUUAAAGACCCAGAUCCGAAUAAUUCAUCCUACUAAAUUCUUUUUCCUUCAAAAUUCUUUCCGCCGCUAGAUUCUAUUCUUAUCUUUUCUCGCACUUAUAAAGAAAACACAAGCACACUCUCUUUCUCUUUCUUGCCAAGUCCUGAACUUUCACCAUAACAAUCAGCUUCAACCACUGUUGCUUGGUGGGUUCUUGUUACUUCAUCAUUUACUGAUUUAGCUUUUGCGAGGUUGGGCAAAUAACAAAAAUUCCCCAAUUAGGUGUAUGGCGAUUGGGUUUUACUGAUGGGAUUGUUAUUUAGUCGUUCCUGCUGGUGAAUCGGAUUGGUGGGUUCUUCUAAAGUCGUGAUUUUUUCGCAUCGUAAUCAAUAAAAGAUGGAUCGGAAUCAGAAGAUUGAUCACGUCAUCGGCGGAAAGUUUAAGUUGGGUAGGAAACUCGGUAGUGGAUCGUUCGGCGAACUUUAUUUAGGGAUCAAUAUCCAAACUGGAGAAGAAGUCGCAGUUAAGCUGGAACCUGUGAAGACGAGGCAUCCUCAACUGCAGUAUGAAUCGAAAAUAUAUAUGUUUCUUCAAGGAGGAACUGGUGUUCCUCAUCUCAAAUGGUUUGGAGUCGAGGGUGAAUACAGUUGCAUGGUUAUCGACCUUCUUGGGCCAAGCUUGGAGGACUUAUUCAAUUACUGCAAUCGAAAGUUUACCUUGAAAUCUGUUUUAAUGCUUGCAGAUCAGUUGAUAUGCAGAAUUGAGUACAUGCAUUCGCGGGGUUUUCUUCACCGCGAUAUUAAACCAGACAACUUUUUGAUGGGUCUUGGGCGCAAAGCAAACCAGGUUUAUAUCAUCGAUUAUGGUCUUGCUAAAAAAUACAAGGAUCUUCAGACACAAAAGCAUAUACCAUACAGGGAAAACAAGAAUCUUACAGGAACUGCACGGUAUGCAAGUGUGAACACGCACCUUGGGAUUGAGCAGAGUAGAAGAGAUGAUCUGGAGUCACUUGGUUAUGUAUUGAUGUACUUUCUUCGAGGAAGUCUUCCAUGGCAAGGUUUAAAAGCUGGUACGAAAAAGCAAAAAUAUGACAAGAUUAGUGAAAAGAAGAUGCUUACUCCUGUAGAGGUUCUUUGCAAGUCCCAUCCAUCAGAGUUCACCUCGUAUUUCCAUUACUGUCGAUCAUUGAGAUUUGAGGACAAACCAGAUUAUUCAUAUCUGCGAAGACUUUUCAGGGACCUUUUCAUUCGUGAAGGUUAUCAGCUCGACUACGUGUUUGAUUGGACAACUUUGAAAUAUCCUCAGAGUGGCAGUUCGAGACCAAGGUUAACUCCAAGAGCAGCCUUGGACCCUCCAGGACCACCUGCAGAUAAAUCUGAAAAGCCUACAGUUGGACAGGACCUCCGAGAAAGAUUUUCAGGCGCAAUUGAGGCAUUCACCAGACGAAAUGUUUCAAGCCAAGGCGCUCAUGGUGACCGCUCUAGACACAGAUCUCCUGGUGAUAUACCCUCUUCUGCCAAAGAAGUGCACGAGUCUGAUAGACAUCGUUCUUCAUCUCGAAAUGGAAGCACAUCAAAGAGAGGUGUGAUAUCAAGCAGCAGACCUGUGUCAUCAGCUGAGCCAAGCGAGAACCGCUCAAGCCGACUAUUUUCAAGUGGAUCACGUCUCGGCACAACUCAAAGGGUGCAACAGAGCAAUGAAUCCAAGCCAUCAUCUGCUGCUGGAAGGCCUAGGCAUGAUGAUGCCAUGAGAAGCUUCGAGCUCCUUACCAUUGGCUCUGGAAAGAAGAGGUAAUGAAGUUAGGGAAGGAGAAGACGGUGGUAAUGAAAAGACAAUGAUGUCCAAUGCUUAUAGAUCCUUUAUCCUCUGGAAAAACGCAUUGUUUCUUACCCUUGGUACAAGAUGAGAGAGAGAGAAAGAGAGCAUCUAAUCUGUCUCUCCCAAUGUCUCAUUGUCUGUGUUUAAGAGAAAUUGUUCAUAUAUCUUUAAAAGUGUAACUUGUGAUGAGCACUUCAGGUUUUUUCUCGUUCUGAUUUGUAAAACUUCGAUGUAGAAUGAAAAUAUGAAAACCUACCUCGUUUUCGCA